AUUAUUGCAAGCCAGUGGGCGUGUUUGCUUGUAAAAAUGCAUAUUGCUGUCUGUUUGGUUUCUCUUUUGCCUAUUUGCUUUGGGUCGUCUCUUACUCGCUGCUCCCCUCCUUCAGGAGAGCCAACCUGUGUCUGCAAAACACAUCAUGGAACAAUAGAUUUGACAAAAAUAACUCAAAAUAAUGGAAGUGCAAAGUUUGCUGAUUCUGACUUUUUUCAUGGUUAUUAUCAUUAUCAGUACAACCCUUGCUUUGGCUUUAGUGUAGGCAGUGAGGGUGAUUGUAAUAAUGGGAAUACUGCAAUUUGCCAGGAUGAAAAAACUCUUGUUUCUACUAUUGAUACAGAAGCCAUGUAUUAUGAUUCUGAGGGAAAUUAUGAGUUGCAUUACAGUGGAGGAGAUAAAAGCAGAACAGGCAUUGUCUAUCUACACUGUGAUGAAGCAGCAGUUAAUCCAAUAAUUAAUACUACUGGUGAUUCAGAAACACCGUAUCUUUAUCUCUUUAAUCUUUAUACAAAUGAAGCUUGUAUAAAAAAACAUUCAUCAGGUUCAGAUGAUUCUGGAUAUAUCGGUGCUAUAUUAAUCUCACUGGCUCUGACUGGACUAUUGGCUUACUUUAUUAUCGGUGGUAUUAUUCUUAAAUUUCAUCAAAAAAAAAGCGGCACUGACAUAAUUCCUAAUAAAAGGUUCUGGUUUAGCCUACCAUUUCUUGUAAAGAUUAUUUCCAUAUAGGACGGAGUGAAAUUUAUUGCAACACCAUGCAUUAGAGUGAAGUACAAAGACUAUCAACCAAUCUAGGACUAAUCUUAUAGAUUGUGAAUAAUAUUUUUAUGUUGCUAACCACAAGAGCAGAUAAUACUUAUCUUAUGCUGACUAUCAAUCAUAA